CUUUAAAAAGAUAAUUACUUUUUGGUUCUGUUAUUUUUUAGUAUUUAAGCUUCCAGUUGAAAAAUAUAAACAUAUUGAAGAAAAAAAAGAAGUGUCCAGAUUGGAAAGAAAGUGCAUCUUAUGGAUUUUUUGCAGAGGAGUAUUAUAUGAAUAUAUACAUCAUAUUAUACCGUUUUAGCAUAGAUUUCACAUUUUCUUUUGUAUCUUUUCAUUUUCUAGGUGAGAGAAGUUGAUAGAACAAGGAGGAGGGAUAUAGUUAUUAUAAAAAAGUUCGUCCACCAUGGAGAGCAGAUGUAAUUCAGCAUCGGACAUUGAUCAUAUUGUGCAACAAGAAGAAACAACAAAUAUGGACGAUAACUGGGACAUUUCCAGUUUAAAGGAAGACGACUUUGAAGAAUUUUGUGUUUACAUUGUUCAUGACAGAGCCUGUGAAAGAGUGUGUCCAAACAGAGCCCAGGCCUCACUUCCAAGAAAUCUCACUCUAAAACCAUCACAGAGUAAUGGCACAAAUAGUUUAGGAGUUUGGAGUUUAGAUUAUAUUCCAAGAGGAACAAGAUUUGGACCUCUAGUUGGAGAAGUGUAUACCAAAGAGCCUUACGUCAACACAGAACCAGAACGCAUUUCAAUUUGGAAGGUUUUCAAAAACAAUACUGUAUACCAGUUUAUUGAUAAUUGCGAUACGACCAAAUCUAGUUGGAUGCACUAUGUGAAUUUCUCCUACAACACAACAGCGCAGCAGAAUUUAAUCGCCUGUCAAAUUGACUUUAAUAUUUAUUUCUACACAACAAAACCAAUUCCUCCCAAUACAGAACUAAUGGUUUGGUACUGUAGAGAGUAUGCCGACCGCCUCAACUACCCCCUCACGGGCGAAGAGAUGCUGCAGACUUGGCGGCGGCAGAUGUUAGAAAGACAAAUCCCAAUGCCGAAGCCAUUCCUACCAAUAUGUCCAAAUAGACCAAUGUUCAAAGAGGCACUGCCAGAACUGAAACCAGACAUUGAGAGGUCGCCAAAGGAAAAAUGUAUGGUUGAAACCGAUUACAGUCAGAGUGAUGGAUAUGCAAUUGAUUACAGCAUGCACAAACGGGACGGCAGUCCUACAAGUGAUGAUAAUGAUAACCAUGACAACAAAAACAAAUCACGAUGUGGAACACCAGACGACAAGUAUGAUAGUGGCAAAGAAAAUGAACAAGUUUCACCCAUUCAGAAUAGUCCGACCAGUAUUUUCCCUGGUCAAAAUAGAACAAUGGCUCAUAGUACACCAAAAAAGAACUCAGGCAUAAUUGAAAACUUACUGUACAAGAAAAUGAAAGAAUCAGGUGAAGAAAUACCAGAAAAGAUGUUAAAUGGAGGCAAUGUGUUUCCAUUCAACAAGUCUAGUCUAGAUGUAAAACCUCAGAUCACACCAGCUCAUGAACAUAAGGUUAAGAUGGAACAGUUUCCAGAGAAGCAAACUCCCGAACAAAUGCCACAGUUCAAUCCAUUCUUUCCAUAUCCACCAAAGUUCAUGCCACCGAGUCCAUUUAUGGACAAGUCACCGAUGCAACAGUUUAUGAGUCGAACAGAAGAGUUCAACAAAAUGAUGACCCAAGGUAUGGGUAAAAUGCCCUCGUCUGGGCCCCCAUUAUACUUCCCAACUCCAACAAUGCCAGGGAUGUAUCCUAUGCCAGGAAUGUUUCCAUUCCCUCCUUAUCAUCCUGGUCUCGCUUGGCAGAUGUACCCACAAUUCCAUCCUGGUCAUCCAAUGGCCAAUCAGCAACAGAUGUCACCACCCUUCCAUCCGAUUGGACAGCAGCCUGAUCAAGUUCUCAACCUAAGCAAGCCUAAAAUUGAUUCUAGAGGUCACAGGUCAUUGCCAUACCCAUUACGUAAGCGAGAUGGGAAGAUGCAUUAUGAAUGCAACGUUUGUUCGAAGACUUUUGGACAAUUAUCCAACCUCAAAGUUCACCUGCGCACACAUACCGGUGAACGACCCUUUGUUUGCCAGACUUGUGGAAAAGGCUUCACACAACUUGCACAUUUACAGAAACAUCAUCUGGUACACACUGGAGAGAAACCACACGAAUGUCAAGUGUGCGGGAAACGUUUCAGUUCAACCAGCAACCUCAAAACACACAUGCGUUUACAUAGUGGAGAAAAGCCAUUCCAUUGUAAAUUGUGCCCUGCUAAAUUCACUCAAUUCGUUCAUCUUAAGCUUCAUAAAAGACUUCACACAAAUGAGCGACCCUAUGAAUGUCCUCAGUGUAAUCGCAAAUACAUAAGUGCUAGUGGACUCAAAACUCAUUGGAAGACAGGUAACUGUAUCCCGUCUGGGAUGAACAUAGACUAUAAUGCUCUGUUAGAGAAUACACACCAGUCUAUACUGAGUCGUGACAGAUUAGAUAAUUUAGAUGACAGCACCUUGUCUCAGGAAGUUCGGGAACAAAUUGAACUCAGUAUCAUGAACAGUACAAACAAUCAAAGUGUUUUUGACAAUCCAAACAGCAACUCAUAUGACAAUGAGUCAAACUCAUUUGACAAUCAUAAUAAUUCAUACAGCCAUCAGACCUCAUACGAUCCAGAGAGUUCAAAUCACCUCCGCCUAAACAGCUGUAAUACUAGUGAGAACGGCAGUGAGGAUGAAGAAGAGGCUAAAGAUCACAUGACCAUGACAAUGGACUCCGACCAAGAUACUAAUGACAAUUAUACCAAACCGAUUCAUUAUUUGAGUCCUUCGCCGAGGAUGGUUUCACCUCCGACAUCACUGUCUCACAGUGUAGAAGCUAUUACUGCAUCAUAAACAAUUUGUGUUGGUUCCAGCUGACAAAGCUUCUAAUACCCAGUAAAUCAGUGUAGUGCAUUUAAACAUUUUUAAGUCAUAUGUAGGGCACAGAUUAUUGCAUUUAUAUGAAAGGUUGUAUUGUUCUGCUAAGUUUUCAAAGUCCAAAAAAUUGUUGCCAAAGGAAACGACAUCUAGUCAUUGUAAUAUUAUUGCACAUGUAUAAUCAGCAAUUGCACAUUUAGGUCAGAUGUUAUUAUUGCACAGUAAACUAAAUAUAAGCAUGCAUUCGCAUUUAGUCUCGAUAAAUAAAUAUUAAGUUAAAAUCUUGUCAAGAAGUUAAUCAUUAUCUUAAUUUCUUGAUAGAUAUGAAGUAAUAAUUUUGAAAUUGAUUAUAAUUGAGUUGUAACUAGGGGCAAUGAAAGUAUUGAAAACAAAUUUUAAGAUCUGUUUGUUUCAGAUUUUAACGUAUUUGUUUUUCAUGAACUUGAAACAAUCAUGACAUUUUUUGUUUUGAUAAAUUAAUCUUGUUAUUUAUUUGUAAAUAUUUUUGAUAAUUGUUUUUUAAGGAUUUGUUUUUUAUUUGCAAUCAAGGUGAGUGCCAUAUACAGUUUUGGGUGCCAUGAAGAAAUGUCUAUUUUUUUAGCAUUAUUUUUUAAUUGAAAAAGAAAGAUUAGAUCAUUGAUUUUUUUAGAUUUAAAAAAAAGGAAUUCAUAUUAAAUCAACCUGAUGCAUUUUUUUUAAUUCCAGACUCUCUUUCUUCUGUGACUUAGGCAGCAUUUUUUUAUGUAUAUAUGUGUUUUUUAUUUAUAUUUGGAGUGAACCAAUGGAUUUGGUCGUUUUGGGAGUAUGACUUCUGGUCUUUAGUUAUUCUAACCAAGGUUUUAGAGUGCCAUAUUUAACUCUUAGUGAUUUUGAUUUUUGUUUAUACUGUAAUACAAGCAUAAUAUCCAUUAUUCUAUUAAUAUACCAAUUGCAUGCUUCUGAAUUUGACCAAGUUUAGGAAAAAAUAGAUGAAAUAGAUGGUUGACAAUCUAGGUUUUUCUAACAUUUAUAAAUCUACUUUAUGAUAAUUUACACAAAUAUUGUUUUAGAAUAUGACACAUGUGCAUAAUUGUCUAUAAAUGUAGCAUAUCUGCAUAAAUGUUUUUAAGAAAAGUUAUUAUGAGAAGCUCAUGUGUUAAAAACUUUACCAGACGUCAAUUUUCAAUACUUGGCAUAUUUUGAAUUCUUAUUAUAGUCUCAAUGAUUUCAAAAUUGUCUACCAUGGGUCUUACAGAAAAAGUCAACUAUAAUGAUUAAAUAGUUGAAAAUUGUAUAAAUUUUCUUCAAAAUGUAUAGGUAGAUUUUUAUUUUAAGUUUUUUUGGGCAGACUUGUUUAAGUAACUGAUUUACAACACUAUAAGUCAUAAUUUUUUUCCACCAUAGGGAAAUUUACUAAUCUGAAACAUUAAGUUAAAUAUUAUUAUACUAAAUUGUAAACUUGAUAGGGGAUUAUUUUCUCAUACGUUCUAAUAUGACAAUCAUAUUAUGAAUAAAGUGUCCUUAUACAGCAAUAAAAUGAGAUUGCUUUCUUAUCAGUACUGAAUAUCAUCGUACAAUAUAAUAUACCUGAACAGGAAAGAAAAAAGACGAAAGUCGUUACAGCUUUGUGCAAUUAUGUGGGGGAUAAAAACUGUCUUAUAUUUCAAUUCUUAAAAGUGUUUUAAUGCAUUUUACCUCAAUUUUGUAAAUUAAUAUCGGUUACGUUAAUUGAUAAUUUCAAUUGUAUCUAUCGAGAGCUUGUUAUUAACAGGUGUUUUGGAUGAUUAGUACAAGUUUAAUGUUUUUACACGGUGACGUUUCAAGUCUCUGGUGCGAUUAUUCAUUUCACUUUGUGUUAUUCCCCAAUGAAAGGUUACAUGAUGCUGUUAUUAUAGUCAAAUGAAUGAGGAUAGGAAAUUGGCGAGUUUUCCAUUCUCUCCGAUCUCUCGACCUCCAUUAACUAGACAAAUAAUAUUCCGUAUGCAUCACUUAGUGCCACUUGUUAACUAAGUAAGAAUCAAAAGGCUGUUUCAUCGAAAUCAACCAUUAUAACAAAACUUGUCAAACAUUUGAUUGUAGAACGAGAUAUGAUCAUGUUGAAAAAUAUUAAUACAAUUAAGCUGUUUAUAGUCUUCUAUUGUGAAAGUUUACUUUUUACUGUAAAGCGAACAUAUUUCAAUUUCUGUUCAAAAGGAUGUCAAUAUUUGUCAAGUUUUGAUUUUAUUUAUGUCUGUGUUUCCGGUAGUAAUAUCCGAGACCGGUAAUAGGAGUUUUAUUGAGACCUAUGGUCUUAGAGAAAGGAUGGUUUAAUUGAUAUGUCAUUCUUGUGUACUGCUUUAAUUCUCUAUUGUUAAAUGUCAUGAUUAAAAGGUUUGCAAAGAACAAACAUGGCUUCCGUAAGGAAUUGAAAUAAAGACGUUUGAGAGAUAUUUAAAAUGUUUGUUUUUGUGAAUCAGUUUGUUUUCAGUAAUACGCUUUUGAUAAACAGAUAGCAAAAUGUUUUCAGUAAUACGCUUUUGAUAUACAGAUAGCAAAAAUAAAAUCAUUGAAUUUGAAAACACAAUUAAUGUUAGAUUUUUUUCAGUUGCAAUAGUAAAUGCAUUAGUGUAUUCUCAAUGCAAUUAAAACAAUUCAAUAGAUUUGAAAACUGUAAAAUCUAGCAACAUUGAAAGUGGUUUAAUUUUAAGGUUUUUAUUUUGAAAAUAAUCAGCCCAUUUAUCAACAAUAUCCCAGAACAUUAACUAGUGCAAGAUAUUAUUGAUAUGUUUGCAGAAAUAUUAAAAUAGAAAUAAACCACAUUAAAAAAUAAGUUUGUAACUACACGUAGAUAAUACCAGAAAUAUUGCAUUUUUUCUAAAUCAAAUUUUUCAUAACUCAUACUAGCUUGCAUCAGUUCAUUGGUAGAUUGGAACUACUGUUACCUUUUGAUUUUAUACAUUAAGGGAACCAGUUGUGUUUUGUACUGUAUAUUGCAUUUGUUAUGUGUGCACACUAUCAGAGGACCAUGCCAUGUUAACUAUUUAACCUUGUGUUUAAAGGUUGUUUUUUUUUGUUACAAAAAUCAAAAAUAAAAGAGUA